AGCGCAUCUGGCCGCCAUGGUGCCCCUUUUGGUGACCCUGCUGACCCUAACGGGGCCUGGGCCGGUCGUUGUCCCGUGCUGCCGCCACGGCCACGCCGCCGGUAUGGUCCUGCCGCCUGACCAGUGGUUCACGCAGAAACUGGAUCACAACAACCCGGGCGACGAACGCACCCGGCAGCGGUGUUACCAGAUGGACGACAUAUUCUAUCAGCCUGGUGUUUCUGAUGAUCGGAGGAGAGGGUCCCGCCACGGCCAGCUGGAUGGUGGCUAGCCAUUGGAUCGAGUACGUCCAGCAGUACGGAGCCCUCUGCUUCCAGCUGGGGCACCGCUUCCACGGCCAGAGCAGGCCCACCGCUGACAUGAGCGUGGAGAACGUGCAGUACCUGAGCUCGGAGCAGGAGCUGGCCGACAUCGCCUCAUUCUCCGCUGCCAUGACCGAGAAGCACGCGCUGCCCGAGGGCACCAAAGUCCAAAUGGGUGGCGUUCGGCGGCUCGUACCCGGGCACCCUGGUACCGCCUGGUACAGGCUGAAAUACCUGCACAUGGUACACGCCCGCAGUGUCCACCAGCGCGCCGCUGCUCGCCAAAACAGACUUCCUGGGUCAGUGCCGGGUGGUAAAUACGACCAGAGUUCCGUUGACGCCGCUGUGGCUGCCACCAACGCUAAAUACGGCGGCCGUGACCUGGCCACCAGUCGAGUUAUGCUCGUGAACGGCAGCAUUGACCCGUGGCACGCCAUGGGAGUGAUUGUCAGCAGCGACCCCGCCCUGCCGGCCGUCUACUGA